CGUUAACCGAAACAGAAACCGAGUCCACUCCCGCAAACUUUAGGAAUGUGCAUUCGACUUUUCUAGUUUCAAAGAGAGAUCAGAGGCGAGCCGCAUGAGACGCUGGUGUGUUUCACGCUCUCUUCCCAGCAUGUCUUACAAAAAGGAAUCGUUAAGCGACGUCCGCUUGCAUUCGGCUGCUCGACAAGGAAAUGUUAUGGAUCUGCGACACUUGCUCGAAUCCGGAAAAGUUCACACCGACUCGCGCGACAAGGUAAAAAUAAAAGCCGAGAUGCUGUGUACACCGCCCAACCGCUAUCGGAAUGUAACAGUUAUUGUCUUGGAAUCCCGUGUCCCACACGGCCGCCACGAAAGCCAUACAACCUCAUUAAUGGUGAACGGAUACGUACAAUUUAGGCCGGAAACACGCCUUCGCAUAGGAAGGAACAACUCCGUUGAUGAUGGCCUCUGCCGGCGGGCAUCUCGAAUGCUGUCGAGAACUGAUCAAACAGGGGGCUGACCCUACUUUGCGCCGAAAGCAGACUGGAGCGGGAUCGUUAUUCUUGGCAGCCCAAGGAGGUUUUCGCGACAUCGUCAACCUACUCAUCCGUGCUGGGGCUCCAGUCAAUGCACGAUGCAAGGACGGAGGAACAGCGUUAAUGGUUGCUGCCCAGCAAGGUUAUGCCGAAAUUUGCCUAGAGCUGAUAAAUAGCGGAGCAAACAUCCACUACCAAAUGAAGGAUGGAGCUACUUGUUUGUUUUUGGCAGCUCAAAAUGGACACGCGAAAGUUGUCUCUCUUAUCCUCGCCAUUGCCGACUCAGCAAAAGACAGUUCCGCUCUGUUGGCUGAAGAGAUGAUCAAUAUUCGACGCUUGGAUGGAGCUACUCCUCUCUACAUGUCUGCACAAAUGGGCUUCGAUUAUGUGGUUCGUCUCUUGUUGAGUGCCGGGGCGAAUCCAAACAUCGUUAGAAACGAUGGAGUAUCACCACUGUUGAAAGCAUGCCAAAAAGGACACGUGGACACUGUUAGAGAGUUAUUACAAUCGAAUCCCUCGUUGGGAUUGAGCCAGAAUGGAGACAGUCCCCUUUACGCCGCCGUAUUAAGGAGAGACAUGCCAAUUAUUCGAAUCCUGAUGAAAGCCGGUGCAGAUGCGUAUCUAGCCACUUCUCGGUCGUUACUCAGUCCGAAAACGUUGGCUGAGAAAUUGCAUUUCUGGGAAAUAGUUGAUUUACUUAGUGCCACCGAUUCUCGGGAAGCUUCCAGUUCGUCCUCGCCAAUUCUAAUGUAAAGAAAGUAUUAUUGAUAAAUGGCAAGGUUAUGAAAUUUUUGAAAGAAUGUAUUGUGAUUAAUAUAGCAACGUUGAUUAUAUAGAGCCCAACUUAUUCAUUUUAUGGCAAACAAGAAAGAAAAGUUGUUUUGAGACCAGAACCAGCGAAUGUAAACAAAUCUUGAUCGAAUCACAUAGUUAAAAACGACAAAAGAAAAUGAGGG